AUGGAAAAAAAAUUUAUACAUAAAUUUUCAAAAACAUCAAGACGAUAUGAUUACCCUUUAUUUGUUUUUGGCAAAAAUGAGUUACCACCAAUCACUCCUAUAAAUAACCCAUGGAUCUGGUUUGGCAUGACAUUAGCUGAAGACAAUCCUAUUGAGAAGACCAAUUUUGACACUCUAGUAAUGCCCUUUUUGAAAGAAAUUGAUAAAUAUGAAGAAGUAUUACAAAGUUCUCACCAACAAAAAACUUGGACAUUAGAUAAUUCAAAGCUUGCAUUUUGGUUGCGCUAA